AUGGCAAAGGCUUAUAGAAAAGAGGAUUUUGAAAAAUUGAUGGCUAAAUUGGAAAAAAUAGAUGACAGAAUAAAGGAGUAUCUUCAAGAUGCUGGGUAUGAGAGGUGGUCUAGGUCUCAUGCAACAGUGAACCGUGGAAGAAUGAUGACUUCAAAUAUAGCUGAAUGUAUCAAUGGUUGCCUUGUUGAUGCACGACAACUACCUGUUAUAGACUUUCUGGAAGAAGCUAGAAUUCUAUUUGGUUCUUGGAAUUGCAAAAAUGGAGAAAUAGCAUCUUAUACAAAGGAAACAUUAGGGAGGAGAUUUGAAGAAAUAUUGAUUAUAAACGCUUCAAAAUGUGCAGCAAUGAAGGUUGUUGCAUCUUCUGAGUUUAUUUUUUCAGUGUAUGAAGGUGGGAUAAGAUACAUUGUUUGUCUUGAGAGAAAAACAUGUUCAUGUGGUAGAUUUCAACAUGACGAGAUACCUUGUGCGCACGCAAUGGCCGUUUUGAAGAAGAAGAAUAUUAAAGAUGUACACCCCUACUGCUCUGAUUACUAUAAACAUGAUGCAUUAGCAAAUACUUAUGCAGUUCCAAUGGAACCAAUGCCAGACAAAAAUGAUUGGACAGCUCCAGAAUGUGUUUUGAACGAAGUCGUCUUGCCACCAAGAUACAAAAAAAUGCCUGGUAGACCAAGAAAAAAGAGGAAGAAAAAUCCUGACGAAAAGCUAAGCACAAAAACGAAUUGUUGUGGACGUUGUGGACAAAAAAGUCACAAUAUAAGAACAUGUACUUUCUUUCCAAAAAAUUCUUGA